AUGUGCAGAUUUGAGUACCCCAAGGACGGAAACCGAGCCAAGUAUUCCGCUACCAUAUCGCUCAAAUCGAAGAAAACAGUUGAUGAUGAGAUCACUGCCUUCUUCAAGGAAUACAUGGAGUUCGAGGAUAGAGCAAAACUGGAAGGAGAGGACACGGUCACAAGAGGCGAAAGGGAGAAAUACCUCAUGCAGCUUCGAGUGAUCAGUAGCUGGUCUGGGUUGACUGAAGACGAGCUUCUCGACCUCGGGCGUCGCAAACUCGCUUCCAAGAUCAGCACCAAGUCCCAUGACUGCAACCAGAUCUUCAACCUUCGCGAACACUCUGAAGGCAUCGAGAUCAAUAUCUCAAAGGAAAAGCCAGACGAGUUCCUGCUUGCAGUCAAUCCCUGGGUUGGAAGCGCCGGCUGCCAGAACCCCGUGCGAUGGCCCCUCGUUGAGAGUGUUACGGUCUUUAUCAGGGCGGAACUGCUGGAAAACGGCGGUAUUGUUCUGAUGGACUUACCUGGUGAGGCAGAUUCGCUCGAGUCGCGUUCUCAAGUCGCAAAGAACGCCUACCAAUCACUUUACCAGUUGCUGGUGGUCACCCCGGGCGAUCGUGCGCUUGACAACCGCACGGCCAUGGAGCUCAUUCGCGACGACCAGAUCCUGGACAUGGAAACGCAAUGCAAGAUCAGCAACCAUAGUAUCGGGAUUGCCGUUACUAAGAUUGACCAGAUGAAUUGGCAGACCUUCCUCAAGUCGGAAUGGCCAGACAAGGAAGUUCCUGCUGAGCUCGCGGCAGCAUCUGGAAAGUUUGACACAGUGCAGCGCAGCAUUACUGAGACUAAGGGCAAAAUCAAGCACUUCAAGGCCGUUCGGCAGACGAACACAGACUCCUGGAGCCCAGGUGAGCUCUCUACUGCAAAACGACAGCUCCGGAAGCUCAAGAAGGAGAGCAAUGAACUGCAAGUCAACUGUCGUCGCCAGUGCAUCGAAGCUCGAAGCCAACACACCAAGCAAGCCUUUCAAAGGUAUUUUGAUGACGUGCGAAAUCAAGCUCGUUCAAAGACGGAUCCAAAGGUAGUCACUGACUUGCACGUGUUCCCGGUCAGCAGCCACGCGCAACAAGGCCUCGCCAAAGACUCGCCCCUUGGAUCAUUCCCUGACGUCCAGUCAACUGGUUUCGAAGCCCUCAGGGAGUGGAUAAUUCAGGGUUCGCUACCGAAGAGGGAGGCCCAUGCGGACGCGAUUCUUCAGCGGUGCCACGUCCUCCUCGAUGCUGUGGAAGGUUGGGCAGGCUACGAGAGACAGAGAGUUGCAAGGCUGGAUGAGUCGCACCUGGGCGCAAUCUCCAUGGAGUUGACCGAGGAGCAGAGCCAGCUAAGAAGCAUAUAUGCGACGAAGCAACUUGAAGAGACCACGGAAAAAUUCAACAAAGCGACGAAACAAGACCAGCAGGCCCGAAACCUGUUUGACGUUGGGGAGAUCAUGUCCUUGAACCAGACCUUCGUCAAGCUGGUUGAUAAUUUCCAGAAGAGCGCUACUGGUGAGCUGCUUCACUGGGCGAGCUUCGCAGCAUGUAUCAGGAGAAAAGGAGGGGCCUACACGACGUAUACAAAGCCGCGCAGGACCCAUUGCUGGCAAGCUAGACUACACUGGUUCUUUUGGGCUCCCUUUGCUUUGAAAUGGGGCCAAUCGUUUGGUCCAUCCCUUCAGAACCGGUUCAAGCGUCUCGAGGCCAAUGUUCAGGCUGAGGUGUCUCGCCAUAUCUUCGCCGUGUCCCAGUCCAGCAAAUUACCCGAAGUGUAUAAGAGCCUGUUCCGAACUCGAGCCUACAGAGUUGAGAACCUGAUGUGCGAGUAUAAAUCCUCUGUGAGAGCGAGCGUUUCGCAGUACGUGAUGAAGGGUCGAGAGAUCAGGUCCUCGUCCCUAGAUCAGCUUGACAAUGACUUUGCGCCUGCAUACAGCGAGGCACAGGACGUUGAAGGCAAGGGGAAGAUGGAGGGACAGGCAAAAGCGAUGCGAACUCAUGCGGCACGAAUCAGGCAGAGCAAUGUGUUUACUGACCGGACCAAACAGAUCGAUAGGAUUGAAGAGUUUGAACACAACUUGGCUCGGGACGUAUGCUUUGUGGGGACGGAACAGUCCGAGAAGGCCAAGUGCGACACAGGUCUCAAGAACAUCAUACAAAACGAACUGAGCGCCUGGAGGCUAUUUUGGACACCCCUGAAAGCGAGACUGCCGGAGUCGGACCCGCCCGAAGAAGAUGGAGAUGGUCUGGAGGACUGCGAGAACGAGACGAAGACCAAAGACAAACUGAACCAUGUCGACCACCAGUCUUCCAUACAACAGAUUCCCGUCAGGAGCGCUGUACCAAGAAAGCGAGCGUCCAAGACGGCCAGCAGCGGGCCGAAGAAGGCGGCCAAGAGGACAGCUGAUGAUGGAGUCAGAGGAGUCGUUCUCGGAAAGGGCCAAGACCAGGAGUGA